UAUAUACAUAUGAAGCAGAUCCAUCUCAUAUAUCUCGCGUAAUACAUUUUCUCAUAUAUAUCUCACAUCUCUAUUCUUUACACAUUAAAUUCCAUAUGGCAAACCUAAAGACACACCUUGUCCUUAAUAUGAAGGAUGUUGUGAUAGUUAAACCCUCCAAGCCCACACCAUCUGAACUUCUUUCUUUGUCCACCAUUGACAGUGAUCCAGUUCUCAACAUUCUGUGUCAAACCAUUUACGUCUACAAAGCAAAUCUUGAUUCCCCAAAUGAUCAACUAGACCCUGUAAAUGUGAUAAAAGAAGCUCUCUCAAAGGCCUUGGUUUACUAUUAUCCACUUGCUGGGAAGAUAGUAACAUUUGAUGAUGGAAAACUUGGAAUCAACUGCAAUGCUGAUGGAGUUCCAUUCUUGGAGGCAACUGCUGACUGUGAACUCUCUUCUCUUCACUACCUUGAAGGGAUUGAUGUUCCAACUGCACAGAAACUGGUGUUUGAUAACCCUAAUUCUCAAGAUGAAGCUAGUGAUCACCCUUUGGUUUUUAAGGUGACCAAGUUUCUCUGUGGGGGUUGCACCCUUGGAAUGGGCUUGUCACACAGUGUUUGUGAUGGGUUUGGUGCAUCUCAGUUCUUCAGAGCCUUGGCUGAACUUGCAUGUGGAAAAAGUGAGCCCUCAGUGAAACCUGUGUGGGAGAGGGAGAGACUAAUGGGGACACUUCUUAAGGAGCCACUCCAAUUUCCUAUAGAUGAGGCUUCAAGGGCAGUUUCACCAUUUUGGCCAACCAAGGAGAUUUCACAUGAAUGCUUUAACUUAAACGGUAAGAGCAUACAAAGACUCAAAAUGGAACUGAUGAAGGAAAGUGAUGAUGUAAAGGAAAGCUUCACAACUGUUGAAGCACUUGGUGCCUAUGUUUGGAGGUCAAGGGCUAGAGCUUUGGAAUUGAGCUCUGAUGGGAAAACUAUGCUGUGUUUAGCAGUAGGGGUGAGGCACCUAUUGGAUCCACCUUUGCCUGAAGGGUAUUAUGGGAAUGCCUUUGUGGGUUCAAAUGUGGUGCUGACAGUGAAAGAACUUGAUGAAAACCCACUCUCAGAGGUUGUGAAGCUCAUCAAAGAGAGCAAAAAGCUUCCUUCUAGUAAUGAGUACAUCAGAAACACUAUAAACAUGUUGGAGACAAUGAGACAAAGGAACAUUAGGGUUGAAGGAACAUGUGCAUCUGUGGUGUUAACAGAUUGGAGGCAGCUGAGUUUGAUGGAAGAAGUGGAUUUUGGAUGGAAGGCUUCAGUGAAUAUAGUACCAGUUCCAUGGAACAUUUUAGGGUAUGUGGACUUGUGCCUUUUCUUGCCUCCUAGUAACUUGGAUCCUUCAAUGAAAGGAGGAGUUAGGGUCUUUGUUUCCCUCCCCAAAGCUUCCAUGCCAAAGUUCAGGGAGGAGAUGGAGGCCCUCAAGCUUAUGAGAGGUGAUGAGGGUAGCACCCAGCAAUAAGAAUGUGUCAGAUCAAAUGGCAAAUUUCUUUCUGCUUUUUGAAACUUGUCUUUUUCUUUCUUCCACUCCAAGACUUAUGUCCUGUUACUAUGCUAAUUAAUUAUCCUUUUUAUGAACCAUCCUACUUAGGAGUGUUAAGUGUUAAGUUGCUGAUUGAAUUGAAUCAAUUUUGAAAAGAAAAA